AUGUUUGCUCAAGUUAGAUCAGGAUCAAGCUAUUUUAACUAUAAAAAGACACAUAGUAUAGUAUUGAUGGCUGUCUCUGAUGCGAAGUACUGUUUUAUUUUGGUAGAUAUUUAUGAUAAAGGCAGACAAAGCGAUGGAAGUGUUUACAACAAUAGUCAAUUAGAAUUUGCCAUAGAGAACAACCUUUUAAAAAUUCCAAAAGAUUCAAAAAUAUCUAAUAAUUCUGAUAAAAUUAUGCCCUAUGUUUUCGUUACAGAUGGCGCAUUUAGAUUGAAAAGAUACAUGAUGAAGCCCUAUGCUUUUAAAAAUCUUUUAACAGAUAAACUUAUUUUCAACUAUAGACUUAGUAGAGCGCGUGGAGUUGUUGAAAAUGCCUUUGGUAUUGCAUCAAGUAGAUGCUGUGUUUUGCAUAAACCAAUAAUAGCUAAUGUUGAAAAUGUUAUUGCAGUAACAAAGGCUGUAGUUGCUUUACAUAACUUUUUAAUGACUGAAAAUAUAAACAAUAAUAACAGUUACUGCCCUUCAAACUAUGUUGAUCAGGAUGGACCGAAUGGAAUACAACUUGGUGAUUAG